UCUUCACCAAGAAGUACAGUUUCGACCUUAGAUCACUCACUCUUGAUAAUUCAUUUUCGUAAUCGGAAUGAUGGCAUCUCGCGUUCUCUUGGUUGGGCUCACAGCUCUUCUUUUCUCCGUUGUCUUAGCUGAUCACAGUCCACUGCAAGAUUUUUGUGUUGCAGACAGCGGUAGCCAAGUGUUGGUGAACGGGCUGUCCUGCAAGGACUCAAAUGUUGUCCAAGCCAAUGACUUCUUCUUCAGCGGGCUUCACCUCUUGGGCAACACAUCGAACCCGGUUGGGUCGAGGGUCACCCCGGUGAUGGUGGCCCAACUUCCAGGUCUCAACACCCUUGGCAUCUCAAUGGUCCGUAUCGACUAUGCACCGUGGGGCAUCAACCCACCCCACACUCACCCGCGAGCCACCGAGAUCUUGACCAUCUUGGAGGGAACCCUAGAGGUCGGCUUCAUCACCUCCAACCCUGACAACCGCCUUAUCACCAAGGUCCUGAGCAAGGGUGAUGUAUUCGUGUUCCCGGUCGGCUUGGUCCACUUCCAGAGGAACGUGGGGAAGGUGAAUGCAGUUGCUAUUGGUGCCCUCAGCAGCCAGAACCCAGGGGUCAUUACGAUCGCCAAUACUGUGUUCGGGUCGAAACCUGCCAUCGCCGCCGACGUCCUUGCCAAAGCUUUCCAGGUGGAUUCUGGCGUCAUCAAUAAGUUACAAUCAAAGUUCUAGGGGGACCAAGAUCAAGAAAAUGGGUCUAGAACGGAGCAACGGAGUAUAAUUAAUCUAUUCAAAUCACAGCUCACCUUGUUUGUUUGUGCACAAUUGCAUGUGUGUAAUUUUUUGGUCGCGGGAUUGGUAAGUUGUAGAAUUAAUUUUCUAAUAAUAUUUAAGCUAACGGUGAACAAAAUUUUUAAAUUUAUCA